AGAUGACAGUGAGGGAGACAGGGCUGUGCUCUAAAUGACAAACAGCAGGAGGAGGGGAUUGUAGGAGAUUAAGUGAGCUGUGUUUGUAACAUCACAAAGCACUGCAGGAUUUUUUUUAUAAAGCACCGCUCACAUUUGGCAGACAGAUAAAGCCCUCAGAGCAACUUUACCAGUGGACAGAGACUGAGUGAGUGAUAGAAGAGGAGAGUAGUGACAUCUUUGCUCAGGAUUCUGGCUGGGGAAAGGGAUCAUAAGCUCUCACUUCGGACUGAACAGUUGGAUACCUGUGGCUCGCUUAACAUGAAGUACUACUUUUGGGAAAAGGACAAGUCCUGAAGUUAGACUGAACAGUUGGAUACUCGUGUGAAGGAUUGCUUAGAAUUAAAUAGUACUUUGGGGAAAGAGACAAAACAGUCAGGAUUCCGUGCUGUUUGAGCAGUUAGUUUUAGCAGGUCUUGGUGUGGUAGAGCGAAUAUCUGAAUAACUUCGUGUUUUUUUUUAUCUGAUUCAUGACACUUAUUAAAUCAGUGGCAGCGAUGCGGUUUUAAUUGCUUUUUGGUGAGGACGAUGACAAACCUUUGAGUCAGUUGUACAGAGAGGGAAAGUACUCUUCAGGUAAAAGGAGACCAGGCCAGAGCAGAAUGACCUCCCUCUUCUCUCCAGACACUGUAGUGCUGCUGUGCCUCCUCCUCCCCUCCACAAAGGGAACCUGCCCCUCCAUCUGUCUCUGCACCUCAGACACACUGAGCUGUGGCUCCCAGGGCCUCACCAGACUGCCCCUCCUCCUGCCCCCCACCACCGUCACCCUGGACCUCAGCUACAACCGGCUGGGCUGGCUGGGCCCCGGCAGCUUCUCCAGCCUAACCAAACUGGACACCCUCCGCCUGGCAAACAAUCAACUCACGACGCUGGGCCAUGGGGUCUUCCAAAACACCUCCAGCCUCCGUCACCUGGACCUGUCCUCCAACAGGCUGCGGGUGCUGGAGCAGCACUUCCUGCAGGGUCUGUGGAGGCUGGAGGAGCUGCUGCUCUACAACAACCGUAUCACCCGCGUGGAGGGUGGGACGCUGAGCGGUCUGAGCAGCCUCAGGAAGGCUUACUUCAGCCUCAACCAAGUCACAGAAUUCCCCUUCUUUUCCAUACAGGACCACAGUCAUCCGUUUCUCACCAUGUUGGACCUGUCGUCCAACCGUAUGACCACACUACCCUGGGAGGAUGUGAAGGCACUGCCGGGGUCGGUGCAGAAGGGGCUGUACCUACAUAACAACUCUCUGCUGUGUGAGUGUUCCAUGUACAGUGUGUUCUGGCACUGGGAACAGAGGGGCUUCGACUCGGUCAGGGACUUCACAGAUGAGCACACCUGCCUGAUCUACGGCGAGCCGCGCGCCUCGGUCCGAUUCCUCCGACACUCCCUCUACUUCCAAAACUGCACAGUGGGGAAGGUGGUCUCUUUGCCCAUGGCUGUUCUCCUCUCCAACCUCAUGGUGAACGAGGGGGAGAGGGUCCGUCUGGACUGCCAAACCUCUCUCCGAGGUAAAGAGCUGUCAUACACGUGGGUCUCGCCAAAUCAGGAGUACCUGACCCAGAUGAGCUUCAACGACACCCUCAUCAACGUGUUCCCUAACGGGACCUUGGAGAUCCCAGCAGCCAAGGUGAACGACUCGGGAGUCUACUUGUGUACAGCCCUGGACUACAAACACAUGCUGAAUGCAACCAGGGAGGUGAAUGUCACCGUGAUCCGCCCUAUGCCUGACACCUUCAACACGGGCUACACAACCUUGCUGGGUUGCGUGGUCACCCUGGUAGUCAUCCUAAUGUACCUCUACCUAACGCCCUGCCGCUGUGGGUGCUGUAAGCAGCCCCUGCCCCCGGCCAUCCCGAUCCCAGCCUACGACCCAAACACCCUGGCCUCCAUCUUCUCCCCCACACUGAGCCACAGGGACCCAACCAAGGCCAACAUCAACAAGCGGGUGGUGUUCAUGGAGCCUCUGAUGGAGGAGCAGAACGGGGAUCUGAGGGCCACCCUGGCCAGGGAGCAACCAGCGCUGCAGUGGGAGUGGGGCGCCAGCGGACUCUCCUAGUUAAUCAGAGCCUGUCGCUGACAAAUAGCACUUUAAGAAUUGAGCCCCUGACUUACAAUAGACAUGUAUCAGGUGGUCUAAAUGGAACACAAAAAUGACAUCCUCAUUCUCUUUCUCUGCUGGAAGGCUUCAUCUAACCGGACUAUCCUCAAAUGAUCGCUGAGCCCUGGAGAGUGUGAAAGAGAGACCCUCACAGGUCUAUAUAAGGGCUCUAACUAAUGUUCCUCCUCUUUGUCUCAUUGAAGACCAGGUUUUGAGUUUGGCAAGACUGUAUAUUUCUGCCCAUGCUAUUGUGGAAGGUUAGAGCAAGGUUAAUUGAACGGCACGAACUCCGGCACUGGAGAGACUUAUUUUCUCUCCUUAAAAUCAUGAACUCCAAAAGCAUUGGUCUUCCCUUCUCCCUGAAGUGUAAAAAUAUUGCAUUGGUGUAAGCAUGGGAAGAUUGUAGACAGAUUUCCUAUUAUAUUUAACAUGAGCUAAUUCCUUUUAAAUCCUUAAAUGGAUGGGAGAGCAUGAGCGGACACAUUCGGGUGAAAGGGCUGGGACAGAAUUGGGGAACACUGAUGAAGUCCUAUUGGGACAUUUUGGACUUGGCUGAUAUCCACAAAAGCUGUUAGAGUAAUAGAGUUUUUGGAAUUGUCUUCUUUUUUUUUUCCUUCAUGGGAUUAAAGUUAAUCGUGAUUUAAUCAGGUCACCGGCGAACCACACGCCCCCGCAAAUAUAUACUGUUCAAAAGUUUGGGGCCACAGAAAUGUCCUUGUCUUUGAAAGAAAAGCACAUUUUUUGUCCAUUAAAAUAACAUAAAAUUGAUCAGAAAUACAGUGCAGACAUUGUUAAUGUCAUAAAUGACUAUUGUAGCUGGAAACGGCUGAUUUUAAUGGAAUAUCUACAUAGGCGUACAGAGGCCCAUUAUCAGCAACCAUCACUCCUGUGUUCCAAUGGCACUUGUGUUAGCUAAUCCAAGUUUAUCAUUUUAAAAGGCUAAAUGAUCAUUAGAAAACCCCUUUGCAAUUAUGUUAGCACAGCUGAAAACUGUAGUGCUAAUUAAAAAAGCAAUACAACUGGCCUUCUUUAGACUAGUUGAGUAUCUGGAGCAUCAGCAUUUGUGGGUUUGAUUACAGGCUCAAAAGGUUCUCUGAAACAUUUAGUUAAUUUAAUCUGAUUGUCAUAAGGUUCGAUGACUUUGUCCACACAGGGCAUCUGAACACACAAAUACAUUGAUGAUUUUCAUAAAAAUUUGGGCUGUUUUAUUUAACUUUUGUGCACCUGUGGUGUUCCUGGUCAAAAAUGACCGGCCAUUAGAAAUGAAUGGGUGAGACUACACUGUUCAUUCAUCAGAUGGACACACUUCCUCUCCCAGACCCACACAUGCAUGCGUGUUUGAGCACACACACACACACACACACACACACACACACACACACACACACACACCUCACUCCCCUUCUUGGCUUUCAUGGCAACCCCCACGGGAACAUUUCCCCAAUAGAAUCAUUCCCCCACAGGAACCACACCUUUUGGCAUUUUCACAAACAAUCGCAACAUUGUUUCAAUACUAUAUAGAACUUUUCUCACAGCUCAUAAAGCUUUUUUGAGGCCUUGCUUACAAUUCAUUUUGUGGCAGCACAAUGACCAAACGAUAUACUGUAUGUGAGGCUCUUGAUCAUAUCUUUGAUAAUGACACUGGUGAGGAGGAGAGAGACCAGGAAACUGACAGUGAAGAUGCAUUAGAGGAGGAAGUGUCAGAAGUUGAAGACAACACAGAAUAUGAUCAAGACCAAGAGACAACCGAUGUGGAACAAUCCAGUGAUGAGGAAGAGGGCCCUGCUGAGGUUGUUGUUACAUUCCGGUCAAAGAAUUGGAAUUUAUCCUGGUCUUCAUCCCCACCUGAGAGGAGAGGUCGGCUGUCGGCUGAAAAUGUUAUCAGGAUGACCUCAGGGCCAAAAACAUACGUCAUAUCCCGGGUUGAUGACAAAAUACUGCCACUAUUUGAAAAUUUGAAAUGGUUUCAAAACAAAUGUCCUUGUUAAACUUUGACACAAAGUAAUCUGUGAUAAAUAGCACAAUAUGUUUCAUCUGAGUAUUUGUUAUAGUCAAAAUAAUCCAUACAUUAUGCUUUUUUUACUCAAAAACGAGUUGUAUGAGCUCAGGUCAAUGAGGGCUACAGGCCAUAAAUAGCAAAAAGAAGUUGAAAAGUUCUUGUGAACAUUACAAGUUAAGUUGAUAAAAAAUAUCUAACACAACAUUAGGUAAUAAUACAUAUAUAAUGUAUUUACAAUCAGCUAUGAUGGGGCGGUCAUUUUGGACUGGGAACACAGAAUUAAUUAACAUGAAACUAAAACAACAGGAGGGUUAAAAAGAUUCAGCAAGAAUAUGAAGACAAUUGUUGCUGUAGGAAAAUAGGUUUCCCGCACUUUGAAAGAUUGGACUUCAAAAACAGGAAUUAUCAUGCGAACACAUUUUAAUUCGUAACCUCUACAGGAUCGGUGUUUCCCCCCCCCGCGGGACAGUUGAGCUAACGUAGGCUAAUGUGAUAUGCAUGAGGUUGUAAGUAACAAACAAAAAAAUCCCAGGACAUAGACAUUGAUGAGCAGAAAGCUUCAAUUCUUGUUACUCUAACUGCACUGUCCAAUUUACAGUAGCUAUUACAGUGAAAAAAUACCAUGCUAUUGUUUGAGGAGAGUGCACAAUGACGACGUUGAAAAUGUAUUAAUAAACCAAUUAGGCACAUUUGGGCAGUCUUUAUACAACAUUUUGAACAUACAUGCAAUGGUUCCCUCACGACGCCAGGACAGCGGAGUCAAUCACCACCUUCCGGAGACACCUGAAACCCCACCUCUUCAAGGAAUACCUAGGAUAAAGCAAUCUU